UAAGAAGGAGCUGCGGGGAGUGGAUGGGAAUUAAACGGGAUCAUGUUUCUCCUGUGCACUUGAAGAGAUUAACAAGAUGUUUGGGACCGUGGUGGUUGGACUUGGAAUUGCUGGCUUAGCACGGAUCCGAGAUUUGAUGAAUCCAAUACCUUCCAGCCCUUCAGAGCGCCUGAAACUCUACGGAUUUAUAUCCAGGAGAAAUCUGGGCAAAAUUGAUGAGGCCAAACAGAUUAGCCUGGAAGAAGCUCUGAGAAGCAAAGAUAUCCAUGCAGCCUUCAUCAGCACAGAGAACAUAAGUCAUGAAAAAAACAUCAGAACGUUUUUAGAAGCCGGGAAACACGUCCUCGUUGAAUACCCCAUGGCUUUGUCUGCUAAGGCAGCCCAUGAGCUCUGGGAAAUGGCUGAGCAAAAAGAUAAAGUCCUCCAUGUGGAGCACAUUGAACUGCUGACCGAAGAGUACAAGCAGCUGAAAAAGGAGGUGGCUGGGAAAGACCUGGUGAAGGGAACAUUACAUUUUACGGGUAGUGUCCUUGAUGAAAAGCAAGCAGGAUUCCCAGCUUUCAGUGGAAUCGCCCGGCUGACUUGGCUGGUUGACCUUUUUGGAGACCUCACUGUUAUCUCGGCCACCCGAGAAGAGCAAAAGGAGACGAAUUAUUCCAGAAUGACAGCCCAUUUUCAGACUGCAAACAAGAAGCCUCUGACUUGGAUCGAAGAAAGAGGACCAGGAAUGAGACGUGAGAAGAAGAUCAACUUCUGUUUCACAAGCGGCUGCCUGGAGGACCUCCCCCAAGCCUCAAGGUCGGCUGUAGGCCUUUUCAUGCAGGAUCAGAACCUCUUUGCCAAAAAACUGCUGGGCCAGGUAUCUAAGGAGGAACUGGCUGCUGAGAAAUGGCGAAUUUUGCGCUGUCUUGACCUGGCAGAGGAGAUCCAACAGCACUGUGAGCACACGGAGAGAAGAGAUUCCUAAGGCCGCUUGCAGGGACCAAGGGAUGUAACAGCACGAAAGGUGUAGGGCUAGA